AUAGAACUCCACGUUACUGGUCAAGAUGACAAGCUAAUCCAUUGAGUUUGAUAUAGUUCAAUGGUCAUGUUCAAUGCGAGCGUCUUUGAUCAUUAUCUGGUAUAAAUACCAACAGCCUUCACUGGAUCUGCAGACUUGUCUCACAGAAUUUCGCCAUUCUUCAACACGAUUCUGCAAUUAUACACAUUUCAAUCCACCAUGAACAUUGACUUUGAGCACCCGUCGAUGUACGGUACAGUGCGGCACAGGUGCGUAUGUCGGACGAAAGCCAUAGGACAAGAACGAUGUAAGAGAAAAAGUCGCCAUGCAACAAAAACGUGUUGGCAACACAAGGCCGAGCUGACGUACGAAGAGCUGGUCAACCUGUACCUGAACAGGAUACCGCAAUGUACAUCCAUCACAAGGAAAGGUUCGAGAUGUAGCAGAGAUUCCCGAUUCGCGGGCGACGCUCCAAAGUGUACCCAGCAUCAUAACAUGACCUUGUAUUUAGAAGAAGAGGAAGCUGAAUAAGCGGCGCUUGAGGCGCUGGCGGCGCUGGAUGCUGAUCAGGCCGUAGAAGAGGUGCUUGAGGCUGAGGCAGAGGAGGUGCUGGAGGUUGAGGCCGUAGAGGAGGUGCUGGGGGCUGAGGAGUUCGAGGAGAUCGAGUUCGAGGAGAUCGAGGUUCAGCGGAUGGAUGGAGAAGAAGAAGGAGAGUGGGGGCACCCCAACGAUGACUGGAGACUUCAUUGGACGGCUAGCGAGGCGACUGAGGAUGAGGAGGAGGAGGAGGUGAAUGUGGAGGAGUUUGAGAUGAUCGAGGUUAUGCAGAGGGAUGAGGAAGGAGAAUGGGGACAGCAAGACGAUGGCUGGAGACUGCACUGGACAGCUGACGAGGAGACGGAGGAGGAGGAGGAGG